AUGGGCAGCAGCUCGCUGUCCGAGGACUACCGCCUGUGCCUGGAGCGCGAGCUGCGGCGCGGCCGCGCGGGCGUGUGCGGGGACCCGUCCCUGCGCGCGGUGCUCUGGCAGAUCCUGGUCGAAGACUUCGACCUGCACGGAGCCCUGCAGGACGACGCCCUGGCGCUGCUCACCGACGGCCUCUGGGGCCGCGCGGACCUGGCCCCCGCGCUNCUGCCCUGGAGGAAGGAGUUCACCACCAUCAAGAUGUUCUCAGGAGGCUAUGUGCACGUGCUGAAGGGUGCACUGUCGGAGGACCUCCUCAUCCAGAGCUUCCAGAAGAUGGGCUACAUGCCCAGGGACAACCACUGCCUCAUGGUGACUGCCCCGCCUCCCACCUGCCAGCUGGUGCAGGUGGCCCUGGGCUGCUUUGCCCUGCGGCUGGAGUGUGAGAUUCUGAGUGAGGUGCUGGCACAGCUGGGCACAAGUGUGUUGCCAGCUGAGGAGCUACUGCAGGCGCGUCGAGCCAGCGGAGACGUGGCCUCCUGUGUGGCGUGGCUACAGCAGCGGCUGGCCCAGGAAGAGGAGCCACCACCCCUGCCCCCCCGGGGCUCCCCAGCUGUGUUCCAGGCCCAGCUGGACCUGUACCAGGACCUGCAAGAGGAUGAGGGCUCAGAAGAGGCCAGCCUAUAUGGAGGGCCCUCCCCAGGCCCAGGCUCACCCUCCUUGGAGCCCGCCUACCGGCCUCUGCUCUGGGAGCAGAGUGCCAAACUGUGGGGUGCUGGGAGUGAGGCCUGGGAGCCCCUGGAGGAGACUGAGGUGUUGCAGCAAGCCAGCAGUCUGCCCUACGUGGCCUUGGAGGAAGAACUGGAGCCCAAGGCCUUCUCCUUCCUUUCCCUGCGCCGAGAGCUGCUGAGUCGGCCUGGGGACCUGGCUGCUUCCAAAGCCCCCAGUAGCCCUGGGCAAGCCAGCCCUCAGCGCGUGCACAGGCCCAUCCCCGAGUCCCCCGCCUACCAGGCUCACAGCUGCCUGGCCCCCGGUGCCCUGCCCACCCUCUGCUGCGACACGUGUCGCCAGCUGCACACUGCCCACUGUGCUGCCCUACCAGCCUGCCGUCUGGGUCAUGAGCUGCGCACGCUGUUUGGGGACACCCAGCGGCGCUUGUGGCUGCAGCAUACAGAGGUGGAUACCCUGCUCUACGACAGCCCCGGGGCGCGGUCUUAGGCCCAGGCAGGCCCCUGGUCAAGGGCUUCUCAGUGUUUCCGCGGUGCUGUUUUGGCCCUUGUCCCUUCUCAGGCCUAGGCCACUGCUGCCCUGGACAGAGGAAGAGUCCCGGGCUCAGUGAGAGGGCGCGGAGAGCCCAGGCUCCACAGGCAGGCGUGGGGCCUUCCCUUCCAUGCAAAGUUCCUGUCUCAUCCAGCC